CGAGCUUAUCGCCGGUUAGUAUUGUUCACCUGGCUAUUCUAUCCCAUUCGUGGACCAGCUCUAAUCGACCCAGCUAAUUGGGUCAUGUGGCUUGUACGAUGGGGAUAGAUUCAGGUAGAUAUCUCGGAGAUGUUGCCGAUGUGCGGGUUAUAUAUUGCUGAUUUCAAGAUACACCUGGUUGCGUAUCGCGAAAUCUCUCUGGCCAUACUUACUCAAUUGACAUUGCAAGUAAAAGCUCAGCUUUAAGUAAUUGCUGUACACAGAAACAUGCCAGGCCUAACAACAGAGCCCUCUUUCAAGCAUAUCACCAUCAAAGAGCUCCAUCCCACUUUUGGCGCGGAGAUAUCUGGCAUUGACUUCUCGAAGCCCGUCGACGACGAUGUUUUUCAAGAAGUCCUAGUUGCUAUUACCAAAUAUGGCGUCUGCGUCUUCCGUCAAGCUGGUCUAGAUGAUGAGCGACACGUUCAAUUUGCCAGGAAAUUCGGUGAACUCGACGAUGUGACACCCUACAUCGUAGGUGGUCGUCCGCAUAGACUUCCAUUUGUUGAGUUGUUUGAUGUUGGAAAUGUCGAUUUGGACGGAUCGGUCUUUGCGAUGGAUAAUGUCCGUAGGGAUUGGAAUAAGGGAAACUCCCUCUUCCACGUCGAUUCAAGCUUCAACCCCCGUCGGGCAGGCUACUCUCUCCUUCGCGCACACGAACUCCCUCCAAAAGGAACAGGCGGCAACACCGAAUACAUCGAUACACGCACCGCAUUCGACGAAUUACCCUCAGAUCUCAAAACGGAACUCCUUUCCAACGACUACAUCGCCGCACACUCACUCUGGCAUUCACGCAAAGUCGCCGCGCCCGAAACCUUCGCGCACAUCAACCCGGACGAUUAUCCAUAUAGCAGACAUAAGCUGGUUCAGAUGCACGAGCCUUCCGGUCGGAUGAAUCUGUAUAUUGCCGCACAUGUACAUCAUAUCGAAGGGUUAUCGGAUGAGAAGUCGAAGGAGUUGUUUACUAGGCUUUAUGAGCAUUGUAAGCAGCCAAAGUAUGUGCUCAGUGUGGAGUGGGAGAAGGAUGGGGAUUUGAUCUUGUGGGAUAAUACGUGUGUGAUGCAUAGAGCGACAGGGGGUAGUUUUGAGGGGAAGUAUAAGAGGGAUAUGAGACGGGCGACGGUUCAUGAUGGGAGUAGUACCGCUUGGGGGUUGAAUGAGAAGUCGGAUAUAAGGCAGGGGUUGCCGUAGUGGAUGAUAUUGAUGUGUUGUUUUUCUUGUAUACGGGAUGGUUACGGUCCGGAUAAUGUCUAUAUUGUGUGGGCCCUAGAUUGUAGAUUGGAACGCAUGAAACUUUUUGUU